UUAGAGCUAACUUUAGGUUAGUAAAUGAUUAGUAGGGUGUACUUUAAUUAGGGUUAUAAUUUGUUGCUAAAUAUUUAAAUGUAAAAUUAUUCAUUUUACUGCCUUUUUAAACUUCGAUUAAAAAUGUCCAUCGAAAUAGAGUCUGCAGAUGUGAUUCGUCUCAUACAGCAAUAUUUAAAAGAGUCAAAUCUAAUAAGGACUUUACAGACUCUCCAGGAGGAAACUGGAGUAUCACUGAACACGGUAGAUAGUGUAGAUGGCUUUUGCAAUGACAUAAAUAAUGGCCACUGGGACACUGUUUUGAAAGUUAUUCAGUCUCUUAAACUGCCAGAUAAAAAGUUAAUAGAUUUAUAUGAGCAAAUUGUUUUGGAGCUUAUAGAGCUGAGGGAAUUAGGGGCAGCUAGGUCUCUCCUCAGACAAACUGAUCCUAUGAUUAUGUUAAAACAAAAUGAACCUGAACGUUACAUACAUCUAGAGAAUUUAUUGGCUAGAUCAUACUUUGAUCCACGUGAAGCUUAUCCUGAUGGUAGUAGUAAGGAAAAACGUAGGGCUGCUAUUUCCCAUGCAUUAUCAGGAGAAGUAUCUGUGGUACCCUCCUCAAGGUUGUUAGCUCUUCUUGGACAGGCUCUCAAAUGGCAACAACAUCAAGGACUAUUGCCCCCAGGUACUACAAUUGAUUUGUUCAGAGGAAAGGCUGCUAUUAGGGAACAAGAAGAUGAACAGUACCCAACACAAAUGGCAAAACAGAUUAAGUUUGGUCAGAAAUCUCAUGUGGAAUGUGCCAGAUUUUCUCCUGAUGGACAAUAUUUGGUAACUGGAAGUGUUGAUGGUAUUAUAGAGGUAUGGAACUUUACCACUGGUAAAGUAAGAAAGGAUUUGAAGUACCAGGCACAGGAUAAUUUUAUGAUGAUGGAACAUGCAGUUCUGUGCAUGGCAUUUUCAAGGGACAGUGAAAUGUUAGUAACAGGUUCUCAACAGGGAAGAAUUAAAGUUUGGAGAAUAAGCACAGGUCAAUGUCUUCGUAAAAUUGAAAAAGCUCAUACCAAAGGCAUUACUUGUCUACAAUUUUCAAGGGAUAACAGUCAAGUUUUAAGUUCUUCUUUUGACUGUAUGAUUAGAAUGCAUGGCCUAAAAUCUGGUAAAGUUCUUAAAGAAUUUAGGGGGCACAGUUCUUUUGUAAAUGAGGUGGUUUUUACACAAGAUGGUCAUAAUAUUUUAAGUGCAUCUUCUGACGGUACUGUUAAGGUUUGGAGUAUUAAAACGACCGAAUGUAUUAGCACUUUUAAGGCUUUAGGGGCCAGCGACAUUCCUGUAAAUAAUAUACACAAUUUCCCAAAAAAUCCUGAGCAUUUUGUUAUUUGCAAUCGAAGCAAUACUGUGGUCAUAAUGAACUUACAAGGACAGAUUGUGAGGUCUUUUGCUAGUGGAAAAAGAGAAGGUGGUGACUUUGUUUGUUCUUCUGUAUCCCCCAGGGGUGAUUGGAUCUAUUGUAUAGGAGAAGAUAUGGUUUUGUACUGUUUUUCAACAACAUCUGGGAAAUUAGAGAGAACCUUGAAUAUUCACGAAAAAGAUGUAAUUGGUAUUGCUCAUCACCCCCAUCAAAAUCUAAUUUGUACAUACAGUGAAGAUGGAUUAUUAAGAUUAUGGAAACCAUAAAAUAUAAUUGUUUAUUUUUAUUUAAUAAUUUUAAUUGCAUUAAUUGAAUUGAAUGUAUUAAUUGAACUCCUAGAAGGUUGACUGAUAUUUUUUACUAAUUAAAUAAAAAUCGUGUGAAAUAUUA